GGAAUCGACUGUGGAGACGAAGUGGCCGAAUGGCUCAGUUGGAACCUCGAUCGGCCAGGGUUAAGACUUGUUUGGUGCACCGGCCGCAAUGCGUCUCCAAAACAGUAUGGAAAGUUAGAUCCAAAGGUAGUGGGUGCUAACGAAUGUCAAUAUCUAUUGUCCACGCAACCAACGCUCAAGUGGUUACAGCAAGAAAUGGCAAACUCGAUAGCGGAAAUAGAUGAAGAUAGUCUGUUACUUCGAUUCCGAGGUAAUUUUUUGAUUUCUGGCAACAAUCUACCAGCCCACGCCGAAUUAACUUGGGACCAGUUGGACAUUGGAGGAGUCAAAUUUCAAGCCGCUUCGGCUUGCGAAAGGUGCAAAAUGGUGAAUAUCGAUCAGGAUACAUCGGAGAACAUUUAUAAGCCAAUGUCCAUAUUGUCUCAACACAAGUGGCAAGGCAAAAUUGUUUUCGGAAUCUAUAUGAAUCGCGAAGAUACGGAAAAAUGUAAAAUACGAGUGGGCCAAAAAUGCACUGUCAUUAAUAAAAAAUGAUUUGUCAAAGAAUAUACCUAAAUAUAAUACAAUAUAAUAUUA